AUGGAGGUCACAGGCACAGACUUUGGCAUCCGCGAUCCUGAUAACAUGACCCUCUAUCCCGCACCGAAUUUCAUUCAUUCCCCCGAGCGAAUUCGGGAACACAUGGGAGAGGUACGAACCCCUCCUUUGAGUCGAAUGUAUCGCUGUGAAGAGACAGUGUCACCUAUCAGCCGAUGUGUCUCCGGAUAUUCCAGGGACUAUCAGCAGAAGAUGUAUCGAGGCGGAUUUUCCCAAGAUCUGCAAGCGUCCACUGAGAACUACGUCUCCAGCACUGGAGGCGCUACUUCACCAAGGAAUUUUUCGCUUUCGAAUGGAGCCAGUGACUCUUACACAUCCUCCACCCGUUUCAACCAUCCAACUUCUCCAACCACAAACAUCUCGAUGCCCCGGCGUUCCAUUCGCGAGACCUCGGUACGAGUGCAGGGUGGACAAGACGACCAGAUGGAGUGGUCACGAAGGGAAGAAAGUGUGCGAGAAAUGGGCUCAAGCCGUUAUCACUCACAGCUCUCCAGCCGUCACUCAGACCACCACCAACAUCAAUUCCUUAGCUCGCCGCUGCCCCAAAUCAAUGGCUACUCGCCACUGCCACCACCGAUCCCAACACCGACCAGUCCGGGCUCGCAGAGUGUAAAAAUUACGCGGAAACCCAUCCAGGUGCAGCGAAAUGGCGAUCAGGAGGUGAUCACUACGGAGGAAGUGAAAAAGGAAGAUGACGACAGUGAGACUAUCAUUCACCGACGCACCAUUAGACGGAAACGUGUUCCUUCGUCUCAUUUGAUCUCUCGUGAGAAUAACGUCCCGGAGGAUUUUCAGCGAACGUCAUCUGUCAGUAGUCAAAGAAGAAUCGAGAACUCCAGAACUCGUUUGAUACCAUGCUCUCCGAAAAAGCCACCUUAUCCUCCGGUCAGCCUUUACGACUACAUGGCCUCAGAUCAGACUAUCGCCAACGCAACUAAUGAAUCAUUGCGUUCGCAGCAUUUCAUGCAAUUCUAUCGCUCCACCCGAGGAGCUUUUGCUUUUGGGAAAAUACGAAUCUUUAAGUUUGCAGCCUUUAUGGUUUCAGAAGCACCGCCUCGAACCUUCAGCCAAACGAACAUCCAUCAAUACUCAAACACACUCCGUAAUCAGUGGAGCUCGGAAAAUAAUCUCAAAACCGGUUCUUACCUGAAACAGCCACCGAUUUGUGGAACAUACUCAGCACAUCAAGAGAAUUUGCGUCGAAGGAACGAGCUAAACCAACAAACUGAGUAUCUGAGGUCAUCACGACGCAUGUCGGAGACGGGGUAUGGAGAAAUAUGCCAGGAAAUUGUCUCCCUCUUGCCCAUUGGACGUGGAAUUCAGGAUCUGGAGUCAGGAUCAAGUGCGGCUACUCUGCCCAGAGCUGGAUCACACACUGCAGAUCUUACUCUGCUAGUGGAGGCAAUCGCGGUCAGUACUUUUCGGGAGCACAGUCACCAGUACUAUCACGUCAGCAUGGAGGUCGAGUUGUUUCUGAGCAUCGUUCACGAACUGUUCAGAAUGAAUCCCAUUGGUCCAAUGUUAACGGCAAGUUUGGGGUGUUCAAUGGGAAGUCUACACGGCGGUAGCUUCACAACAGGUCCAGCACAAGCCAACCACAUGGCCCUCGACACAAUGGACAGUCGUCACACGCUAACCCAGACAAAUGACCUCUCGUACCACUGGUUCCGUCCGAGCGCUUCGCGUCAAGAGGCGAUACAGAUGCUUAUCAAUAAGGAGCCCGGACGUUUUAUCAUACGUGCAAGCAAAUCUCAGCCAAACUCCUAUGCUCUCGUCGUUCGAGUGCCAUUAACAGCCGGCGAGUUUCAAAAACCGCAGGACACGGAACCUGUGAGGACGUUCCUGCUGAAUCGCGUGAAGGGAGGCGACGCAGUGCACCUGAGGGGAUUUGAAAGUGAACCCAUAUUUCCGUCACUGGCAGCUUUCGUGCACGACCACACUAUUCAUCAGGGCGCUCUUCCAGUCCUCCUCAAACUGCCUAUGAGGAGUGCGCUAUCGAGUAACUACCUAGCCGGACAGCAGAGCCCCUUACCCGGUCGACAAACUUUAAGUGGCUUGGAUUUCGUUUGUGACGUUUUGUACUUGGGAAGUAUGGACGUCUUCCCUCUCCAAGGGGAGUCAGCGGUCAGACGGGCGGUGGAGCAGGUGCUCUCACAGGCUAACAACCCCAAUAAGGGAUUGAAAAAGAAAUGUGAGGCAACGGUGCUCUGCUCCGUUGACAAGGGCCUCACCAUUGUUGACAAGAACAGCAUUCGCUUUACCAAGAAAUCGAUUCCUGCUAACAAGAUCCUCUACUGCGCCUACGACCCUGAAGAACGAGUGUUCAAUGCAAUUGAAUUAAAAAAUCGUGGAGUAGCUGAUUCUCUAAUUUUUGCAAUAGUUGUGAAGAAGACUCGUUUUACCAUGACGGAGCAUGCAGUCUACGUAAUGUGCCAACUGGAGCCAAACCAGCCGAGCUCAAAUCUCAUCAAUUUCAUAAAUCAAGCCCUACCUGUCCACUUUCGCUGA